AUGAAUCGAAAAGAGAAUUAUGAAAUUACCGAAUUGAGAUUAGGGUUUCAGAUGAAUAUUCAACUGCAACAGCAAACUAUUAAAAAGCAGCCAUUUUCGAUGAUGUUCCAAGGUCCUGAGCCUGCCCCAUUGGACUGGACUAUAGUUCGUGGCCCCGAAGGCAGAUUUGCCCGUGGCGGCCCUAGUUCUUCUGCCGCAUCUGAGCGUACAUGGAUCUAUGAGUACUUCCCCGCUUUUCGCCCUCAUCCUCGCCGAGAUGAUGUGCCAAACACGACUAGGGCGGAGAUGUGGACGCCGAAGAAAGUAGGUCGUGAGCUGGACAGGUUGAUAUCAUUCCGCAAGGUUCUGGACUCAAUGACAGAGACUCAGGUUGAAUGGACUCCCUACAAUUGUGGAGCUGCUGCGUUGCUGAAUGAGCACCCACGCACCACAGUCAUCGGGGGUAUCACCUGCUUUGAUGUUGUGGAGGUGUAUUUGCCGGAGCGGGCAUUGCGACAGAUUGGGUUCGUGCAGUCUAUUCCUCCAGCUCCUAUGAGACCAGCCAAGGCUCUUCGACCGGCACACGGAACCUACUCCGUGACCUUUCCUUCUUCUGCUGCUGCAUUUGUGGAGGCGUGGAGUAGGUUCCCCUACAGUGACUGA